AUGAUUCAGAAUGAAAUGGUAGCAAAUAUUAUCGGAUGGGUGCCGUUGCUGGUGUUAUGUACACUUCUACAGGAUCUUUUGCAAGCAGCAUUGGAUUGUAACGAGACAGAAUGUGGCCCUCGAGUGAGUAAGUGUAUGCUGCUGAAAGCUUGCAACUGUUCCAUCAAUCGUGACAGUAUUUUGCAUAACAACUGCUCUUGUUGCAAUGAAUGCAUUCAGUGCCUUGAUAAGCAAUAUAUGCAAUGUUGCGCUUGUGUUGGACUAUGUAAUCCACACAAAGAAGCUGUGCAUCUAAACAGUUAUGUUGAUCGAUUCGAUCAAGACGAUGAAGAUAUCAUUGUUUUCGACAAAGUUGCGCUAGUGAAUAAGGUCGGCACAACAUAUACAUUUCCAGCUUUGCGUGAGUACUCGUUUGACCGCAGAGGUCAAAAUAUGAAGGCUUUGCGAAGAACUCACCAAGAGACGAAUUGCACAGUAGUUUAUCUUGACAAGUGUAUGUCGCAUAAGCAAUGCAGUCGACAGUGUUUGAUUCUUGGUGCAUCGAUGCUUCGGUGGUUUCAUACUGGUUGUUGCGAAUGUAUCGGACAUACGUGUCUUCCAUACGGUUCAACAACGGCACGAUGUAAAUACUGCACUGAUUUUGAUAAUUCCCUUAUUUUAAUAUUAAGACAAUACAUCUAUGUUCGACAAGAUUAUUCGGAUUGUAAAUUUGUUCCAAAAUUGAAUCUAGGCUUUAGCGAUCAAUUGACUGAUAUCGUUUUGUCCCAUCAGGGUUGGUUACAGUUGCAGGUGGAAACGGUUGCAUAUAUCUGGGUGAUAAGACGACGAACAGAACUACGAACUGUAGCUAUACUUCAGCUUCGAGCUUUAAAGAAGAUACCACCGAUGAUUACGCUGUUAUCUUUAGCAUCGCAAACAAUCAAGGGAAUAGCCAAUCGUCAUAUUGCAAACGAAAUGUCGCUACAUAAGGAUUCCGCAUUCAUACAACUCCAGCAACACUUUGAAUCGGAAUGUAAGUUUCUGAAGAUGGUUGAUUUGUUCAAGCAAGAUCCACAACGAUUUCAAAAAUACAGUUUGAAAAUGGAUACACCAGAUGGACCGAUUCUAUUCGAUUAUUCAAAAAAUAUUAUCAAUGAAGAAACGAUGAAGAGAUUGUUCAAUUUAGCGAAUUCAAGGAACGUUCUGAAUAUGAGGCAAGAUAUGUUCAGCGGGAAAAAAAUCAACUUCACUGAAGGACGUGCUGUUCUGCACACCGCAUUAAGGAACGUUAACAAUAAACCUCUGACAUUGGAUGGACAAAAUGUGACAGAUGACGUUAAUAACGUACUGGAGCAUAUGAGAACGUUUUGCGACCAAGUGAUCCGUGGAACUUGGAAGGGAUAUACAGGUGAAGCAAUUACUGAUGUUGUCAAUAUUGGCAUCGGAGGUUCAGAUUUGGGACCAUUAAUGGUAACAGAAGCACUGAAGCACUAUCAGGUUGGACCAAACGUUCAUUUCGUUUCCAACAUCGACGGUACACAUUUAGCAGAGGUGCUGAAGAAAAUUAAGCCCGAAACAACAAUAUUUAUCAUUGCAUCGAAAACAUUUACAACACAAGAAACAAUAACCAACGCUACUUCGGCUAAAGAGUGGUUCUUGAGCAAAGCAGUGAAUCCUGCAGCAGUCGCCAAACAUUUCGUAGCAUUGUCAACGAAUGGUCCAAAAGUUCGUGAGUUUGGUAUUGAUGAAAAUAACAUGUUCGGAUUCUGGGAUUGGGUCGGAGGCCGUUAUUCGUUGUGGUCUGCUAUUGGACUUUCUAUUGCCGUACAUAUUGGUUUCGAUAAUUUUAGUCAGUUGUUGAAAGGCGCAAGUGCUGCUGACGAGCAUUUUCUUAAUGAACCAAUUGAAAAAAAUAUACCAAUAAUUAUGGCUUUACUCGGUGUCCUUUACAUCAAUUGCUUUAAAGCUGAAACACAUGCCCUCCUUCCAUAUGAUCAAUACUUACAUCGAUUCGCAGCCUACUUUCAACAGGGUGAUAUGGAGAGUAAUGGAAAAUUUAUGAUGCGGGAUGGUAAUCGUGUCGAUUUUCCCACUGGGCCAAUUGUCUGGGGUGAACCUGGAACUAAUGGCCAGCAUGCUUUUUACCAACUCCUACAUCAAGGCACUCGACUUGUUCCUUGUGACUUCAUUGCACCGGUAAAAUCACUAAAUCCGAUAAGGCAAAAUCUCCAUCAUGAUAUCUUGCUGUCUAAUUUCGUAGCCCAGACAGAAGCACUAAUGAAAGGCAAGACACAGGAAGAAGCUGAGAAGGAAUUAAAAGAUUCAGGAAUGAGCGCUGACAAAAUUCCUGAGAUACUACCGCACAAAGUAUUUGAAGGAAACAGACCCACAAAUUCAAUCGUACUACCCAAAGUAUCUCCAUUCACUCUUGGCACUUUGAUUGCUCUAUAUGAGCAUAAGAUUUUUGUUCAGGGUAUUAUUUGGAAUAUCAAUAGCUACGAUCAGUGGGGAGUUGAGCUCGGUAAGCAGCUGGCAAAAGUUAUCCAGAAAGAAUUUGAAAUGAGUGUGGAAUGCAGUUCUCAUGACUCUAGCACAAAUGGCAUUAUUAAUUUUAUUAAGAAGGAGAAGCGAACCAAUAGAUGA